AUGAAAACCAUUCUAAUCUUUCUAUUCAUUGCCUCUAUUUCAGCUACAGCUGAGAAGGACAAUUCCUCCUUUGAUUCUGCUGCACCUCCCGAGGUAAAAUCAAGAUUUGCAAUGUUAGAUGAUGUCCGAAUCCUAGCCAAUGGUCUCCUCCAGCUUGGGCAUGGUCUUAAAGACUUUGUCCAUAAGACAAAGGGGCAAAUGAAUGAUAUCUUUCAAAAACUUAACAUUUUUGACAAGUCCUUUUAUGAGCUCUCACUUCAAACUAGUGAAAUCAAAGAAGAAGAAGAACAGCUCAGACAAACUACUGCCAGACUGCAAAUCAACAAUGAAGAGAUAAAGAAUCUCUCUCAGGAGAUGAAUUCAAAGAUCGAAUACCUCAUACAAAACAAAAUCCAGCUGCAAGAGAAAGUCUGGGGCCUAGAAGACAAAGUCACUAAAUUGGCUAUUAUCCAGCCUACAAUGCAUGAGACAAAUGAAAUUUCUUCACUCAAAGCUUUUGUGGAGCAGCAGGACAACCACAUUAAGCAACUUCUUAAAAUUGUAGAGGAUCAGCAUGCACAACUCGACAGACAGCACAGUCAAAUAAUGGAGCUGGAAGAUAAGUUAAACCACCUAGAGCUCCAGGAAAUCACAGAAAAUUCCUUUAUUGUGGAUCAAACAGAACCAGAGGCCACUCCCUUCCUUGUGCACAAUUCAACUGCUGUAAAGUACAAAUUUGAUGGUGCUGCUCCUGACUGCACGGCUCUCUAUAACAGCGGCAUACGGUCCAGUGGUAUUUACACUAUUAAGCCCAAUGGCUCAGAAGCUUUCGAUGUCUACUGUGAAAUGAAAUUUGGCAGCUCUUGGACUGUAAUUCAGAACAGAGUGGAUGGAUCACUAGAUUUUAACCAAACCUGGGACACCUAUGAGCAUGGUUUUGGUGAUCUCAAUGAAGAAUUCUGGCUAGGUCUGAAUAAGACCUACUCCAUUACUAAACAAGGGGACUACAUUUUACGGAUUGAGCUGCAGGACUGGAAAGAUAAUAAACGAUACAUCGAGUAUGCAUUCAGCCUGGGAAGCCCCAAAACAGACUACAUUCUCCAGCUUUCACGGAUCUCCGGGAACAUCCCCAACGCACUGCCUGAACAGACAGAAUUGAAAUUCUCAACCACAGACCAUGACAUGGACAUAGCAAACAACUUCAACUGUCCAGAAAACUAUCUAGGUACUAGCUGGUGGCACAGUGAAUGUGAGGAAACCAAUCUCAAUGGGAAAUACGUCACACCAAGGUCAAGAGGAAGAUUAGACAGAAGAAAAGGCUUAUACUGGAAGCCUAAGAAAGGAAGAUACUAUCUACUCAAGUCAACCAAAAUAAUGAUCCACCCAACAGAUUUAAAAAGUUUUGACUGA